AUGCUACCUCCCCGGCGAAGACGUCGGGGUAGGCGCAGUGGUCGGCUGGUUAAACUCAAGAUCUCUUUAGCGCACCAUCCCACUACCGUCAAAGGAAUACAGAGAUUAUUUCCUGGAGUUUUUGUGCACCGACGUUUCCUGGACCCCGUGGAUUCCUGCCUCAUCCCCGUGGUCUGCCAGGAUGACGCGCCGCUCCUCCGUGACCCCUGUCCUCCUCGGCUCAACGUGCGCCGGGCGAACCUCCGCAAUCUGAGGCCGCUGUGUCGGACUCCCUGUGCCGCUGGGGCUUUUACCUCAUCCCCGGCUCCUGUCAGGAUUGGGCUGGUAAACGCCAGAUCGCUGGUGAACAAAUCUUUUAUUCUGAAUGAGUCAUUCAUCUCCUGGAAACUAGACUUCAUGUGUGUCACGGAGACUUGGCUUAAUACUGAACUUCAAGCUGCAGUUUGUCAUCGUAACCUUAAAUCUGCGUUGAAGAAGAAGUUCCAGUGUGUGUUUGAGGGCAUCCCUAAAGCAGGAAACCCAACCCCUCUGAAUCAGAUCUACACAGAGCUCUACAUCACAGAGGGAGGGACUGCAGAGGUCAAUGAUGAACAUGAGGUCAGACAGAUUGAAACAGCAUCCAGGAAACCAGACAGACCAGAAACAACAAUCAGACAAGAAGACAUCUUUAAAGCCUCACCUGGAAGAGAUGAACCAAUCAGAACAGUGCUGACAAAGGGAGUGGCUGGCAUUGGGAAAACAGUUUUAACACAGAAAUACACCCUGGACUGGGCUGAAGACAAAGCCAACCAGGACAUCCAGUUCAUAUUUCCAUUCACUUUCAGAGAGCUGAAUGUGCUGAAAGAGGAAAAGUUCAGCUUGGUGGAACUUGUUCAUCACUUCUUUACUGAAACCAAAGAAGCAGGAAUCUGGAGCUUUGAAGACUUCCAGGUUGUGUUCAUCUUUGAUGGUCUGGAUGAGUGUCGACUUCCUCUGGACUUCCACAAAACUACAAUCCUAACUGACCCUAGAAAGUCCACCUCAGUGGAUGUGCUGCUGACAAACCUCAUCAGGGGGAAACUGCUUCCCUCUGCUCGCCUCUGGAUAACCACACGACCUGCAGCAGCCAAUCAGAUCCCUCCUGACUGUGUUGGCAUGGUGACAGAGGUCAGAGGGUUCACUGACCCACAGAAGGAGGAGUACUUCAGGAAGAGAUUCAGAGAUGAGGAGCAGGCCAGCAGGAUCAUCUCCCACAUCAAGACGUCACGAAGUCUCCACAUCAUGUGCCACAUCCCAGUCUUCUGCUGGAUCACUGCUACAGUUCUGGAGGAUGUGCUGGAAACCAGAGAGGGAGGACAGCUGCCCAAGACCCUGACUGAGAUGUACAUCCACUUCCUGGUGGUUCAGGCCAAAGUGAAGAAGGUCAAGUAUGAUGGAGGAGCUGAGACAGAUCCACACUGGAGUCCAGAGAGCAGGAAGAUGAUGGAGUCUCUGGGAAAACUGGCUUUUGAUCAGCUGCAGAAAGGAAACCUGAUCUUCUAUGAAUCUGACCUGACAGAGUGUGGCAUCGAUAUCAGAGCAGCCUCAGUGUACUCAGGAGUGUUCACACAGAUCUUUAAAGAGGAGAGAGGACUGUACCAGGACAAGGUGUUCUGCUUCAUCCAUCUGAGUGUUCAGGAGUUUCUGGCUGCUCUUCAUGUCCAUCUGACCUUCAUCAACUCUGGACUCAAUCUGAUGGAACAACAACAAACAACCUCCAAGAAAUCUAAACUAUUUAACAAACCAAAACUCCAAUCUCUCUACCAGACUGCUGUGAACAAGGCCUUACAGAGUCCAAAUGGACACCUGGACUUGUUCCUCCGCUUCCUCCUGGGUCUUUCACUGCAGACCAAUCAGACUCUCCUUAGAGGUCUGCUGACACAGACAGGAAGUAGCUCACAGACCAAUAAGAAAACAGUCCAGUACAUCAAGAAGAAGCUCAGUGAGAGUCUGUCUGCAGAGAAAAGCAUCAAUCUGUUCCACUGUCUGAAUGAACUGAAUGAUCGUUCUCUAGUGGAAGAGAUCCAACAGUCCCUGAGAUCAGGACGUCUCUCCACAGAUAAACUGUCUCCUGCUCAGUGGUCAGCUCUGGUCUUCAUCUUACUGUCAUCAGAAAAAGAUCUGGAUGUGUUUGACCUGCAGAAAUACUCUGCUUCAGAGGAGGCUCUUCUGAGGCUGCUGCCAGUGGUCAAAGUCUCUAAAAAAGCUCUAUUGAGGGACUGUGGUUUGUCAGAGAUCAGCUGUGAUUAUCUGGCAGCAGCGCUGAAGUCCAACCCCUCCCAUCUGAUAGAGCUGGACCUGAGCUGGAACAAGCUACAAGAUUCAGGAGUGAAACAGCUGUGUGGUUUCCUGGAGAGUCCGGGAUGUGGACUUGAAACUCUGAGCUGUGAUUAUCUGGCAGUAGCGCUGAAGUCCAACCCCUCCCAUCUGAUAGAGCUGGACCUGAGCUACAACAAGAACCUGCACGAUUCAGGAGUGAAACAGCUGUGUGGUUUCCUGGAGAGUCUGGGAUGUGGACUUGAAACUCUGAGACUGUGUCACUGUGACCUGUCAGAGAGAAGCUGUGAAGCUCUGGCCUCAGCUCUCAGCUCUCAGACCUCUAAUCUGAGAGAGCUGGACCUGAGUAACAUUAACCUGAAGGAUUCAGGCGUGAAGCUUCUGUCUGAAGGACUGAAGAGUCCACACUGUACACUGGAAACUCUCAGCUGUUUGGUGGUUGUUGAGAUGGUUUUGUGA